AUGCAUUUUGUUGCGACUAUCGGGCAGAGGUACCUGUGGGCAGAUUCUCUGUGUCUUGUGCAAGACAACCCUGAAGACUUCAAUCGCGGCAUUCAACUCAUGGGACUGAUAUAUGAAGGUGCCCUACUAACUAUUAUUGCCGCAAAUGGGUCCAGUGCAGAUGCAGGUCUGCCCCGAAUUCAUGGGGAUCCGAAUAGAAACCUUUCGCCUCAGCGCUCCGAGGAGAUCAUGCCUGGGCUACGGUUCGCUAUUGUCCGUGCCGUGGAUUGCUACCUCCGAGCGUCGGUUUGGGCGUCGCGAGGAUGGACGUAUCAAGAGGAGAUUUUUUCCCAUCGUUCAAUCAUUUUUGUCAAUGACCAAGUUUACUACCGCUGCAGACAACGUAUCUGGGCCGAGGACACAUGGGCUGACCUUAAGCCAACCGAGCAAGACUUGGAUGAAUGGAGUGUAAGCUGGGUUGCUCUCAUACAGGAUGUCGCUUUUCACCAAAUCGUCCAUCCUCUCGACCAGCUUUUCGAUCUCAUCGAAGGCUUCCAAUUGCGCAGUCUCACCAGGGAUAGCGACGCAAUUAACGCAGUAUCCGGCAUCCUUCAGCCCCUGUCGAAGCGAAUGAGAACACCCCUUCUGGAAGGUCUUCCAAGCUGUGCCUUCGACCUCGCUUUGCUAUUCUCUCAUCUUCACCCAAUCGGUCAGCAUAGCCCUGGCCGCCGAAGGUGCGAGUUUCCAUCAUGGUCGUGGGCGGGCUGGGUUGGCAAUACUCACUGGAACGCUUUCCACGAGCUUUACAAUUCGCAUGAUGUGGCAGGAAUCAACGACUGGCUCGAUAAUCGCACCUGGAUAGUCUGGUACAAGAUUCAGCAAGGGCAACUUGUCAAGAUCGUGCGAUACGCCGAGCCCGUGGCCUCGUGGGAGCGAGUGACUCGAGAUAUCAUGUACGAGAGACGAUCUCCACUUCCUACUUCAGGACGCUUUCCCAAAUUGAGGACGUCGCGAACGGAGCCAUCUAGCUUUUUUGUCAAGAAAGUGUCGUACACACUGUUGGCAUUCUACACCGUCUCCAUAAUCCUGACCACCUCGUCUUACGUUCCGGGAACUUUCCUCGAGGCUCGGAAUCUGCACCUUGACGCCUUAUUCGACAACGAAAAUGGCUUCUGCGGGUUUCUAUCGCCUGAUGUUCGCCACUCGGCGAUAGAGCACAGGCGUGUGGAACUCAUAAUCCUGUCGGAAUGCCAGACGAGCAGCUUCCCUCCGUUGGAUCGCAAGGGAAUGGAGGAUCGCAUCCACCCCAUCUGGUCAAAGCCCUACCAGGCGAGCGAUUCUACCGAGUGGCAACUUUACUGGGUUUUGGCGAUUGCGUGGAGCGGCGACUGCUAUGAAAGAAGAGGGCUCGGCCAAAUUCUCCAGAGUGCUGUGGACAAGUCGUUGAAGCCUGGUCCGCAGUGGAAAGAGAUUGUCCUUGGUUGA